CCAGUUUCUUGAGUCAGAAAUACACAGCUGGUCAUGGGGAUUAAAACAAUCUUGUCUUUAGCUGUAAUUGCUCAUGCAUGCUCGUCCCACGACAGCUCUAGGAGCAGCACUGAAUGGACUGAUGAGCAACCAGAGGACAACGUGCUUCCAGUUCCAACCUCAAAAUAUAAAAAUGUUCCUAAAGGAGGGUAUGUAUGUGAAUCUCCAGCAGGAAAUGCUUCACAUCGUGUACUCAAGCUCAGUAGCAACACUACAUCAAUCCCUGAGCCAUGCCACACCUCAGUUGAUGCUGUUAAAUUCCUGAAAGGCCCGCUGGUCACCCGCUUCAUGCCGUCCUUCUACAUCAUCAUCAUCCUCAUCAGUUUGCCUCUGAACGCUUUGGCUUUGGUGACGUUCACCUGCAGGAUCAGAGAAAAGAAACCAGCUGUGAUCUACAUGUCUCACCUGGCGUGUGUGGAUCUGCUCUUCGCCCUGCUGCUGCCUCUGAAGAUCCACUACCAGCUGAACGCUUCUGAUUGGCUGUUUGGUGAGGCGGCGUGUCGUGUGCUCACUGCAGCUUAUUACUGCUACAUGUACUGCUCCAUACUGCUGAUGAUGUGCAUGAGUGUGGACAGACUGCUGGGUGUUGCGCUUCCUGUUGCUUCUUUAAGCUGGAGAAAUGCAAAGAAAGCCUCAUUCAUAUGUGCAAUAGUCUGGCUGCUGGCGCUUGCUGGUACUGUGCCACUGCUUUUAAUGAGACAAACAGUUAAGAUUAAAGAUGUGGGCAUCACUUGUCAUGAUAUGCUGAAUGCCAAUGACAAAACAUUGUUGUAUUAUGUGUACCUGUUCUCCAUCCUCUCCUGCCUGUAUUUCUUUGUGCCGCUGGUCAUCACUUUAGUGAGCUACUCCACCAUCAUAUAUGUGCUCAGUGUAAAGUCUGACCGCAUUCCUUCAUCUUCAUCCAACAGAAAAAGAGCUGUGAUCAUGACUGUUUCUGUGCUGAGUGAGUUUGUGGUGUGUUUUGCUCCAACCAACGGCAUCUUGUUGUAUCACUGUGUUAGAUUAGCAAGAGGAGGUAAAUACGGUGAAGGAAAUUCAUCAUAUUCAGCUUACAUGUUGGCUUUGUGUUUAGGGAGUGCAAGCGUUUUUUUGGACCCUCUCCUGUACUAUUAUGGUUCAUCUCAUUACAGACAGAUAAUCAAGUCUGUGCUGAGAAGGAAAAAGCAGAAUAAUCAGCCCCUGUAAUGCAACUGUUACUUAAAACCAGCCCUGCAGCGACAUGUGAAACUUUAAGUGUCCUUAUUAUGCUUUUUGUCCAAA